UCCCCGGCCACGUAAGUAACUAUUAAUACCGCCUCGCCGCCGGGAGAUGCCGGCUUGCUGAGCGAGGGGAUCGGCCUCCGGAUCGUCGGCGCUCCCCCUUCAUUUUUAAAUACAUAUUCCUCUCUUACCUCUCCGGGGGAGGGGAGAGCAACGAAGAAGCAGAGGAAAAAGUGUCAGUUUUCUUUAAGCCGAAUCCCGCAAGGAAAUCAGGGUUUCGGCUUGGAGAAGGAGUGGUGGAAAUUAUCCCCAGGCAAGAUCCAGCUAUACAGCCGGGAGGAGACGCCUGGAGUUGGCCAGAUCGGAGGUUCAUCACCUAAGAACGCCGGGAGGACCCCAGGAAGCCGGUGCCUGGGGAAUCGGAGACCCCUGGGCUGCCGCCGCCGUCCCAGACCCCCUUUCUCGCUUUAUUCCCGAGACCCGGGCAUGAGCUGUCGCUGACCCAUCGCGCGGCGGUACCCGUCGCGGUACCUGCGCCGGCCCGCUCCGGUCUUCAACUCCAUGCCCAGCUUUUGCAAUCUUUUGUUGGCAGUGCUGACCGCUCCAAGUUAAAUGCUCCCUCGUAAUUUUUGUUUUGUUUUGUUUAAUUUCUGGAGCGCGCUCGCGAUCUUAGCGAAGACUCAGACGCCAUCUACAGUUCAAACGUAGGUAACUGCCCUCUCCAGCCAUUCCACCGCCACCCCCACCCCGCUUCCACGCCCCCCACCCUUGCCUUUCCACCAAAAAAGGGGGUGCAGCACGGAUUCCGUGUGCGGUGCGUCGCGAGCCGGGAGACUCGCGUUCCUUUCCCUUUUCUUUUUGUCUGGGCUCUAACGCCUCGCGAGUGAGCCGCGCGGCGGACUGGACCGAGACUGCAGAAACUACCGUAGGGGCUUCUCCGCCCCGGCCGCGAUUCGGAGCCUGCGUGGGGUCCCCUCGGGAAACCCAGCGCUGCAGCACCCCACCUUUGCAAUCCGCUCACUCGCCUCGAUAGGCGUUGCGAACGGGGGAGGCCGAGAGAGAAACUAAAAGUGCAACGCAUCUGCAAAUCGCCGGCUGCUUUUCAGUAACAAAAGGACCCCGGCCGGCCGCUGGCCCACCGAGUGCUCCCUGGAGCCAGGUUCCCAGCAGAGAAGGUGCCCAGCGCUGCCUGUUGGGGGGCUCCCAACUACUUCUCCACGCCACCCUUUUCCCUCCCCUCCCCUCCCGUCCUCCUUUCAAAUCCGUGACACUCAGGCGCCUGCAGCCGCACUCGCCCAGCGACGACUCAUCUCGCCAGCGGGUUUUUUUGGUUUGUUUGUUUGUUUGUCGUGUGUGAUCCCCACACUCAUGAACAUACACAGAUCCACCCCCAUCACAAUAGCACGCUAUGGGAGAUCGCGGAACAAAACCCAGGAUUUCGAAGAGCUGUCGUCAAUAAGGUCCGCCGAGCCCAGCCAGAGUUUCAGCCCGAACCUCGGCUCCCCGAGCCCGCCUGAGACUCCGAACUUGUCGCAUUGCGUUUCUUGCAUCGGGAAAUACUUGUUGUUGGAACCUCUGGAGGGAGACCACGUUUUCCGCGCCGUGCAUCUGCACAGCGGAGAGAGGUUGGUGUGCAAGGUGUUUGAUAUCAGCUGCUACCAGGAGUCCCUCGCCCCGUGCUUUUGCCUGUCUGCCCACAACAACAUCAACCAAAUUACUGAAAUUAUCCUGGGGGAGACCAAAGCCUAUGUGUUCUUUGAGCGGAGCUAUGGGGACAUGCACUCCUUCGUGCGAACCUGUAAGAAGCUGAGAGAGGAGGAGGCGGCCAGACUGUUCUAUCAGAUCGCCUCGGCGGUGGCCCACUGCCACGACGGGGGCCUGGUGCUGAGGGACCUCAAGCUGCGGAAAUUCAUCUUCAAGGAUGAAGGAAGGACCCGGGUCAAGCUGGAAAGCCUGGAAGACGCGUACAUCCUGCGUGGAGGUGACGACUCCCUCUCCGACAAGCACGGCUGCCCGGCCUACGUGAGCCCAGAGAUUUUGAAUACCAGCGGCAGCUACUCAGGCAAAGCCGCCGACGUGUGGAGCCUGGGAGUGAUGCUGUAUACCAUGUUGGUGGGGCGGUACCCUUUUCAUGACAUUGAACCCAGUUCCCUCUUCAGCAAGAUCCGGCGUGGCCAAUUCAACAUUCCAGAGACCCUGUCCCCCAAGGCCAAGUGCCUCAUCCGUAGCAUUCUUCGGCGGGAGCCCUCGGAGCGGCUGACCUCCCAGGAAAUUCUGGACCAUCCUUGGUUUUCUACAGAUUUCAGUGUCUCGAAUUCAGGAUAUGGUGCUAAGGAAGUAUCUGACCAGCUGGUGCCCGAUGUCAAUAUGGAGGAGAACUUGGACCCCUUCUUUAACUGAGCUCCCGCCCCACAGAGGGACUAGGUAUUUCCCAGGUACCAGGAGCGAGAGAGGGCACCGAGAGGGAGUUCUUCCAGGGAACACACAUCGCCCGCUUGGUAGCAAGAAAGACAUUCACACUCACACGUUUCUUGUUUCAAAGAAGGAAAACCUUCAAGGAGCAGACAAAACAUGGAGCAUGGGGGCACGGGGCACAGGAUGGGGCUGGGCUCUGGGGUGAGGUCUCAUGGGUGGCAUUUAAGCAACAGGGGACACUGUCGGGCUACUCUGCCCUUACAGGGUCCAGGAGCCCACCCCUGCCAGUGGGGCCACGUCCGCCUACCCUACUUCCUGUUCUGUUCAAAAGUAGUUGUAGAUCCUGACAGGACUGAAUCUCUGCCUGGGACACACAUCUUGGCAUCGCACUGUUAGCGUUCAACGCCUUGUCUUGAUUCAGGGCAGGUACAAUUGGCCAAGGAUUUUUUUUUUCCUUCUUUUUAAAACAAGCCAAGCACCAAUCUGAUCAUUCAUGGGGUUCACUUCAAAAUAAUUCGGUGCACACAGACUUACAAGCAACCUGGGUGCUAAACUAAAAGAAAACAAAACGACAGUCUAGUUCGUGUCUCUCUUAAUUGCUCUCUUCAAAUCAGUUCUUCUAAAUAAACGAUUUCAUAUCCUGGUCAGGAAAUAACAUGUUAAUGCUUUGCUCCCUGAAGGGGGGGAAAAAAAAAGAAAGAAAAGAAAAUCUGUCCUUUGACAAGUUAUUCUGUUCUGUGUCAAUUGGUUUGUGGCAGGAAGCUAUUAGAAGCCAAACUUCCAGAUGUAUUACCGCUAUCAUCAUUUAAAGUAGAGGGGGGUGCAAGGGAGGGGAGGAGAAGAAAGAAAAAAAAGAGAAAUUCAA